AUAGAUCUGAGCAUCAGCCUUCAACUGAAAUCUGCAGAACUGGAUCAUCAGAGCAGCACCAGCUCCUGCUGCAGCUUCAGGAGGACCUGGUGCUGUCUGUGGUCCAGAUCCAGCUCACAUAGACCCAGAAGCCCAGUUCUGGUUCUGGAAAGGUCCACAUGAGCCUCGGCGCUGCAGCUUCAGGGGGCGGAACCCUCGAUCAGCUUCCUCUCCCACGGGUGGGGGCAUUAGUCACGGCUCAUUAGGUGAGGUGACGGCAUGAGGGGGCAUAAAAGCGGACCUGCAGCUCCGCAGAGCUCACAGCAGACCGGAACCAGAACCGGACCAUGAGCCUGCGCGCCUUCCUGUUGUGUGUGUGUUUGCUGCUUCAGAGUGUCGGAGCCAGAACCGCUUCCGAACUGCAGAGCCUGGAGCGGCUGCUGCAGGACCAGCUCAGCUCCACGGAGCAGCGCGAGGAGGAGCGGCGGGACAGGACGCACGAGGACCCGCAGCUGGGGGCCUCCACCACGCGGGACGCGGCAGAUGAGAACGCGCUCACGCGCCUCCUCGCGGACCUCAUGAGGACGUCGAAGCGCUCGUGGGGGCGCUACAAGAAGGGCGGGAUGAGGAGCUGCUUCGGAGUCCGGCUGGAGAGGAUCGGCUCCUUCAGCGGACUGGGCUGCUGAGGCGGGAAGCAGAGGGACCGGCGCGCGCGGGAGAGAUGCGGGCUCUGAGGCGCGCGCGCGAGGGUCUCUGAUGAUGUUGGCGCGUGUCAUGUUGCAGUAAAGCUUUGAUUCUGCAGUGAUGAGUUUCCCGGCUGUUUUGUCUUUGAUCCAAUCACCUGAGGCUGCAGGUGACCACGCGCACCUUAAACGCACCUGAAGACCCGGAGAAGAAACCCCCCCCCCGAACAAACUGUGUGUUUGAAAAUGUCUGUUGGUUUUAUCAAUGAAUUGAGCUGCAUUCAUGUUUGCCAUAUUUAUUUAUUGUUUGUUUGUUUGUGCUGUAAAGUGGAACGAUAACAUCAAAUCAUUUCUGGAUCAAUUCUCGAGCUUAAAUUAAAGCUGUCAGAGUCAGAGGAGAUGAAGAACAGCGAAGAUCUGCUUGUCUGGGCAAUAAAUGUUCAUCAAGGUGUGAAUCAAAA